GCCACAACCACAGUUAAUUAAAACCGAACUGCACUUUUUUUAACUCUUUCCUUCUUUCUUUCUCAAUAAAAACCUUCUUCAUCUCCCUUCCCUUUGUACACACAAAAUUAAAGCAUGUCUAAGAAUAUUAUUAACACUAAUUGCAGUACCACCCCUCAUGUAAUAGACGAUUGCAGAGGAGUCCUUCAAGUUUACAGUGAUGGCUCAAUUGUGCGCUCUCCUAAACCAAGUUUUAACGUCCCCGUCCAAGAUGACGGUUCCGUUUUAUGGAAAGACGUAGUUUUUGACGCCGUUAACAACCUUCAGCUCAGGCUCUACAAGCCGAAGCCGAAUCAGUCUUCGGCUCACUCCAAUUCCAAGCUCCCAGUGUUUUAUUACAUCCACGGUGGCGGCUUCUGCAUCGGCUCACGCACCUGGCCCAACUGUCAGAACUACUGCUUUCGGCUCGCGUCUCAGCUCCAAGCCGUUGUGGUGGCUCCUGACUAUCGGCUAGCUCCUGAGAACCGGCUCCCGGCUGCUAUUGAGGAUGGCUUCUUGGCUCUUAAGUGGCUCCAAGACCAAGCCGUGUCUGGGGAGGAGGGGAAGGACGCUUGGCUUGCUGACGUGGCUGAUUUUAGCCGAGUGUUUAUUUCGGGUGACUCGGCUGGGGGUAAUAUGGCUCAUCAUUUGGCAGUUCGGGUUGGAUCUGGGUCGCCUGAAUUGGCUCCGGUUCGUGUGAGGGGUUAUGUUCUGUUGGCACCCUUUUUUGGUGGGACGGUUAGGACUAAGUUUGAGGCUGAAGGACCGAAGGAUGCCUUUCUUAAUUUGGAGCUCAUUGACAGGUUUUGGAGGCUAUCUAUACCAAUUGGAGACACUACUGAUCACCCAAAUGUAAACCCAUUUGGGCCAUUAAGCCUCAAUCUUGAAACAGUGGAUCUUGAUCCCAUUCUAGUGGUAGCUGGAGGAAGUGACUUGCUGAAAGACAGAGCUGAAGAUUAUGCAAGGAGGCUCAAAAGUUGGGGAGAGAAGAUUGAGUACGUUGAGUUUGAAGGAAAGCAACAUGGAUUUUUCACUAUAGAUCCUAAUUCUGAAGCAGCAAAUGAGUUGAUGCAAAUCAUUAAACGUUUCAUUGCUGAAAAUUCCAACUAAGACUGCAUUCAUGGGCAUGUUACAUGAAAGCUCCACUGUAAGGGUGUUGGGUUGCCUUUUCAAUCUUCUUUGUAAGAAGUUCUUUGCUUAGUUACCCAUCUUCUAUGUUUGUGAAAUUGAAAAAUAUACAUAUGGAUUUUACUUUGUUUUGUA